AUGGUGAAGCUCACAAAAGCAGUCGAGGUCCUCGGACUGGCGACCUUGGCUGCGGGCCACGGCUAUGUUGAUACCGCCAGCAUCGGCGGCGUGGAAUACAAGUUCUAUCAGGUGAAUUGCGUUCCGGCGGAAAAGCCCUACCAAGACCCCUACUUGAACCCUGCGCCCGACCGCGUGUCACGCCCGGUUGCCGGCGAUGGUCCUAUCGAGGAUGUCAACUCGAUCGAUCUGCAAUGCGGAGGCUGGUCGGCAGGCGGGGUAGUCGGAUCGGCACCGGCCAAGCUGCAUGCCGCAGCAGAGGCCGGAUCAACAGUUAAGCUGCGGUGGACGCUGUGGCCAGACUCACACGUGGGACCCAUGAUCACCUACAUGGCGCGUUGCCCUGAUACAGGCUGCCAGGACUGGGAGCCGGCAGAAGAGGCCGUCUUUUUCAAGAUUCAGGAAGAGGGUCGCGAGAGCAGCACGUCAAACGAGUGGGGCUCUUCGCCGCUCAUGACAGAGGGUUAUGAAUACGAGUACACGGUUCCAGCCUGCCUACAGCCUGGACACUACCUGGUUCGCCAUGAGACGAUUGCGCUGCAUGCGGCGUUUGCGUACCCGGGCGUCCAAUUCUACCCCAACUGCCACCAGCUCGAGAUCAACGGCUUGGGCACCGCUGUCCCGACGGAUCUUGUCAGCUUUCCCGGUGCUUAUGCUGCUGAUGACCCAGGAGUUACUUUUAAUGCCUAUUUGCCGGGCGAAUACACAAUCCCUGGCCCAGCUGUCUUCACUUGUUGA